AAUGUGUACAGUGUACUGCAAAACUGAUAAUUUCACGGCUAAAGCUUUUUAAGAAGAUUGGAGCAGCUUGCUGCUGGUUUGCUUCGUUGCCACCUUCAGGUCAUCGUCAUUGCAUGAUAAAGGCUGUGGCAGAGUCAUCUUCAUCACUCAUACAGCAUUUCCAUAGUUUUUUCUUCAGUGCGGUAGUACCAUGAAGGGUGGAGGAAGGGGUAAGGAGCCACCUGUUGCAGGGGAGGUCACUGGCAAGCGCCCCAAGCGCAAAUGCCUGCAGUGGCACCCACUUCUCUCCAAAAAGGCUCUGGAUUUCUCUGAAGAGGAAGAGGAGGAGGAUGAAGAGGAGCUGGAGAAGCAGCCAGUGCUGUGUGGGCAGGAGCAGGGCUCGCAGGUACAGUGUGGAAGCACAACAGAAGAAGUAGAGGAGGACUCAAAUGAACAGCGGGCACGGCGGCCAAUGAAUGCCUUCCUCCUCUUCUGCAAGCGCCACCGUUCCCUGGUGCGGCAGGAGCACCCCCGCCUGGACAACCGUGGGGCCACUAAGAUCCUGGCUGACUGGUGGGCUGUGCUCGAGCCCAAAGAGAAGCAGAAGUACACUGACAUGGCCAAGGAGUACAAGGAUGCCUUUAUGAAGGCAAAUCCGGGCUACAAGUGGUGUCCCACCACCAGCAAACCAGUUAAGAGCCCAUCCUGCCAGCCAGUCAGCAACCCCCGCAAAAAAGUUUGGUCCUUCUCUUCCAACUCAACCAAGGACUCCACCACUGCCAAAAAAGUGCCCAAAACUGACAGCAUGCCACAGUUAAACUUUGCCAUGGCAGAUCCUACAAAGAUGGGAGGCCUUAGCAUGCUGCUGUUAGCGGGGGAACAUGCCCUCACGAACAGAGAGAUCCCCUCCAGCACUAAACCUAGUUUACCUGACACCGCCGGUGAAGGGAGCUCCUUUCCAGGGGAUGAGGAAGAGAUGUUGUCUGGGACAAUACCGAACAGAGUGCCUGACAUUACUGAAAGCAGGGUCAAGUCUGCCUUUUCCCCACUGGCAGAGUCAUCUCUCUCUGCGGCACCUGAAGGAAAACCAUGCAGACAGUCUGCUCUCUUCCAGCUUGCUGAGAUGUGCUUAGCGUCUGAAGCUGGAAAGAUGGACACAGUCGUAUCUCCGCCUGAAGACAGCUCCUCUACAGCCUCUCUCCAGCAAACUGCAGUCAAGCCAGAGAUCAAGGAGGAGAAAGCCGACACUGACGACUGUCCUCCCUCCUCUCACACAUCAGCCCUCUUACCUUUGCUUUCCUCCGUCACUUCUACCUCCACUGACGCCAUUCCCCCACAACUCAGCAGCCAAAAUGCACGUGUCAAAAACAAGAGCAAGAAAAAAGAGGCGGCCAAGUCAAAUGAUAAUGAUGAGAUCCCUUGUUCAGCAAAGAAGAUCGUCAAGAAGUGUAACCAUGCAGAAUCAAACAUGGACAGCGUCUUCAGUACGAUUGAGGCAGUGGCCAAAGGGGCCUGGAAGGACACAGAGGAGAAGCCCAAUAAGAAGAUCCAGAGCACUCAUAGUGGUGGAAACUCUACUGCACCCAAAAAGAAGAGUAAGCCCAAAGUCAAGACCUUCGUCAAAGAAAGAGAGGAGGAGAUGGAGAACGACGGUGGGCAGUGUGGGCAGAACAGUUCCUCCGAGGUGGAGAUGAAGGAAGAGACGACUGACGUCAGUCCCAAGACAGAAGCAGAAGAGGCAAGUAUAGGAAGCACAGACCUUCAGGGCAGCACGGCAGAGCCCCAUCACUCCCCCCGUAGCCCCCCACCCACUAAACUCAAAGAGGAGGACAAGGGGAAGGAAAGGUCGAGUGAUGGGACCUGUGAAUCCAACACAGAGAACCGCGGCUCCAGGAAAUCAGAACGGAGUUGCAAAGGCGCCUUGUAUAAAACCCUCGUUUCUGAGGGAAUGCUGACUUCACUGAGAGCCAAUAUUGACCGAGGUAAAAGAGGUGCUUUCCGCACUUCUGACCAUGACGCAAACUGGAGUGAUGACAGCUGGACAGUUUCUCAGAUGGGACCUAAUAACCCCAAGAAGCUGAAAAAGUCCAAGUCCAAAGAUGAAUCUUCACACGGCCUAGGAAAACUGGAGGAGGAGUUUGAAAGGAAGUUUAACAGCCUGCCACAGUAUAGCCCAAUGACAUUUGAUAAGAAGGGGACUGCUGUCAUGAAGAAGAAGAAGACUGACAGCUCCGCUAUCCAAGAGGAAGUGUGUAAAGCUGGAAAAGGGCCAUCUCCAUCUCAGAAAAAGACUUCAUUCCACAAGAUUGUUAGGAAGCACAAACACAAAAAGGAGAAACCAGGUGCAGUGGACAAAGUGGUACAGAGUGAUUCCGGCAUGCUGGAUUCAGCUUCAAAAGCCAAAUCAUGUGCCCCCGUUGCCAUAAUGUGCCCAGAUGUCCAGGGCACCACUAGUAUGGAGAUGCUAGUGGGUAGCCAGAAGAGGAAGGCUAGGAAGACCAAGAUCACACACUUGGUGCGCACAGCCGAUGGCAGUGUGUCUCCAGUGGAGGAGGACAAAACUAGGGACCUGAACCAGGAACAGGAUAAGAAGCCAUUACCCCAACAGAAUUUAUGCAAUGAAAAAGGGUGCUACAGUAAUCCCACAGAAGAGGAAGCAGAGAGGAGCACCGUACCGCAAGAGCUACCUGCUUUCUUCAGCCUGGCAGCCCUCGCUGAGGUAGCAGCCAUGGAAAACGUUCACAGAGGCCAGAGAGGCUUGGCUGAGAGCCAGAAGAAAGAGCUCUCCCAGACUCCAGUCCUCAUCUCCUGCGCUGAUCAGUGAAACUCUGUUGCUGUUUUGAGAAGCCACAACAUGGACUUUGGCAGUGGAGCUUUACUUUCCUCAGUGGUAACCCCACGCUAAAGGGAGACUUGAUCAGGAAGCUUUGGACCGACUCCACCUUUCUCUUGUGGUGAAUUUGCUUGAGCUUGGGUUCAUGUUGGAGGAAAGAGACCCUCUCCUCCUCCUUGCUCCUCACUAUCUCAGUGUUUUCCCCGAAGCCUUCCUUUGAGGGAGGAUGCCUUUCUUAACUCCUCUCACCCCCCUUAGAUGCUCUGUUAGGGCCUGUGGAAGAACCAAGCUGUCCCCCAGUGCAUGGCUUCCCUUAUAGAGAUGGUUGUCAUGGGUUUAUCGUACACCGUUUUGUCAAGUAGAGGCCAUUUUUAAGGUCUUGCGAUUUAAAAAUAGCAUUUUAGGUAGGGAGAAAAACCCCAACACUGCAUUGGUUUUCUAGAUGAACACAGCUUUCUGUUACCUUUUUACCUCACACACACGCCUACUGAAGAGUUCCCUCCACCUCUGGUAGAAUACCUCUGUAUUUCAAUAGCUCUUAUCCCUUCCAUUCCUUCCAGCUUCAACCCAAAAGAACUUUAACCAGGGUAAAUGAUCAUGAUGGAUAUACUUCCAUCACCAACUACUUGCUUAGUGUUUCCCUGUGGUACACUAAUGUGGUGUACUCAAACUGCGAAGAAGUCACGGUUGAGUAUUUGAUAUGUACGUUAAGAUAAUGCUACUGUAAAACAGUAUGUGUUAGCUAGAAAUAAUCAUAUUAGACUGAAUGUGUAAGAGUAGACCUGUGCGUACCCUUGCAUCUGAACCUGAGCUGACUAUAGCUGAGGGUGUUUGUUUGUCCUUUUUAUCCUUAGGUGGGAGGUUCACAGAGUCCCUGACAGGCUUAUGAGGCAGUAGUUCAGCUUAAAAACUGCUUCUUGUGAUGGGGAGGUUGUGUGAAAGUGAUUCAAAUAUAGCCUUAACCUUCCCACCUAGACCUGCUUUGCAAGGGCGUAGGUUUGCAUACGGAUGGUAGGAAUGUGUCCUACCAAUGUUUUGGGAGGUAAGAAUCAUUUGCAUUAUCUUUGCAGUUCAGUCAUAUUACAAACCUGAUUCCAAAAAAAUGUAAGGUUAAAUCAGUGAAUCAGGGAAUAAAUGACCCCCUUGUAAUUUUUGGCAGCCCCCUCAGUCACUACAUCCUGAGUGGGGGAGGGGACUUGCGGUUUUGCCACCACAAAGCCCUCAACCAGUCCUAAAGUCAGUGUAGACAUAAAUAUUGAAAUGCAGUUUUUGUCAAUACUUGAUCUUAUUGCAGUUUGCGUAGCAAUUAGAAAGGUUAAUUCCUUGUGUGCAACUUAUUUCAUGGAAAAGGUGUUUUGUUUUUUUUUUGGUUGGUUGUCGUUUGUUUGGUUAUUACGUAAACACUGCACUAAUUUGUAGCUGAAGUUUGAGUUGCUCUUGGAAGUGUAAUAAAAUGCCUUGUCUCCAUUGGACACAGUGUUCUUACACCGUAGCCUCUCAAUGAGGUCUUCACUGUCCUCUGGCACCAGAAGCCCCAACGUAAAAGAUCUGGAAUAUUUGUUCUAUUAAAUUGUUCUACACUACAUCUAUAUUAAGAUGAGCAAUUGAGGAAAAAAAAAACAACAACUCAGAAAUAAAAUAUUCAGUUUAUUGAUUUAAUGUUCCUCUCAGAGCUAA